AUGAGUUCCUUAAUGAAAUCAAAAAUUGCCGAUGAAAAAAAGAUUAGAAAAUUAGUAGAUUUAUUAGAAAAUAAUAAACCUAAUCUUGUAUUAAAGGAGGUUUCAAGUUUUAUUAAAAAACAGGGAUCCAUACCACCACAAAUUGAAGCUUUACAGGCUUUAGCUUACAUUCGCCUCGAUCGAAUUGAUGAUGCUGGAGUUAUUUUAAGAAAAAUUGAGGCAACUUUUGAUUCACUUGUAUUGGAUAAAAAUCUUGAAGAUUUUUUAACAAUCUGUUAUAAGGAAUUAAAAGAUGAAGGAUCUAUGAUUGAUCAUUUGAAUAGAUUAUUAAAACGUGAUCCACAAAAUGAACAUGCUUCAAAUACAUUAUUUAAUAUGUAUUUUUUAACUAAGAAAUGGAAUGAGGCAAGGAGUGUUGCCACUAAAAUGAAACAACUCUUUGGAAAUAGUCGAUAUAUUUUAUAUAAUAUUGCUGUAACAGCAUUAGAAGCUUAUACUGGUGAUGAUGAUAUGAAAGAGAAACGUUUCAUGCUUGCUGAAAGAAUGCUUGACAAAGUAAUUAAAGAUUCAUCUGAAGUUACAAGAGAACAUGUUGAAUUAUUUGUUCAAUUACUUUUACUUCAAGGAAAAAUAUCAGAAGCAAUAGAUAAGAUGGAUGCUUAUAAUGAUGUUUUGGUAAGAGCAUACGGAAAUCCUGAAAUUGUAGCUUCAAGAAAAAUUGAUUAUUGUAUGUCAAUAAAAAAAUUUGAUAGAGGUAUAAAAUAUGCUCAAGAAGCUAUCGUUGAGGGAUACACAAAUUUUACAUACUUACAAGUGUAUAUUAAGGGUUAUGAUGAAACAAAAAAUAUAGAAUAUUUAGAGGAUUUACGCGAAAUUUUAAAUGAACGAUUAGAAGAAAAUACACGUAAUAAAUUAUUAGGAACAAUGAUGUGUGAAUGUAGAAUAGAUGCAAAAGAUGAAAAGUUUUAUGAUAGUAUACUUCGUUAUAUUCAUGCUUUUGGAAAACAUCCAAAUGCAUUUACUGAUGUCUUUCCUCAUGCUCGUCAACUGCCAGAUGAUAAACUUGAACGUUUGUUAUUAACACUUAAAAAACUUUAUGAAUUAAAUCCAUCUGAAAAUAUUUCUUAUAGAGUACUGUAUAAUGAAUUAAGAUCCUCAUUGAAGAUUGAAGACGAAUCUACAGCCUAUGAGGCUAUAGAACUUUUUAUUGCUAAUAAAGAUAAAGGAGUUAUCGCUAAUAAAUUUUGUCAUAUUGCUGUUAGUGAAUUAUUAAAAUUAUAUUAUAAGAAACAUAAUUUUGAGUAUAUUCUUGACGCUAUUUAUAUACUAGAAAUAUCUAGAGAUACUUCACCAAGAAAUGUUUAUACCAGAUUGAUGCUUAUAUCAUUUUAUACACAAAUGGGACUUCUAAAUGAAACAAUGACAUUAUGGAAAGAAAUUGAUAUAAAAAAUAUUCAAUAUAUUACACUAGGAUACAUACUUUUAACAUGUUUUGAAAAUUUUGGACGUUUUGAUGAUGGUAUCAAAGAGUUAUCCCAUAUGACUGGAGACAUAGAUACAUGUAUCAAUGAAACAACAGAUUCCACUUCUAAAGCUUUCCAAAAUAAUUCAAUUGAUAAAGUAUUUAGUUUUAGAAAAUUUUAUGAAACUCAACUUGAAAAUAAUAUUGUCGUUCAUGGUAGUGGAACACAAUUAGCUUUGUUAUCAUCACUAUUUCCAUUAACUGAUGAAGAGGUUAUAACAAAUACCUUAAAAGGAGGGUUUUUCGAUAUAGAUUGGAGCAAUGUAACAGAUAAUCGUGAUUUAUCAACAUUUAGGCAAAUUUUAUUUAUCAAUAAUUUUGACCUAGACACAUUUGUUAAUAUUUCUGGAAAUGAAUCUAAAAUUUUUAUGAAAUUUAAAAGCUACAUCUGUGGAAUGGCAUAUAACUUAAGAGUAGAGAACAGAGAAAUGUUUGAAAAUAUAUAUCAAAAAUUAAAAACUUUAGUAGAUACAAUAAAAGCUAAAUUUGUCUACGAACCAACAGAUAUUAAUGGGUUUCCGGCAAGCACAGAACUUGGUCUUCACAUACAUAAUCCUCUCUUUGAAUUAUUUAUGGAAGCUUGUGGAGAGUCAUUAAAAAUAAAACCAGUGAUAGUUUUUGAUAAAAUAGAAAAGUUUGAUCUGUGGAAUUUUAGAAAUCAGCUUAUGCACCUAGGUAUAACAACAUACUACUGCCAACUUCUUUCAUUACUAUUCGGUAAGACAGAAAUGAAACAGUUUCUUAAGGAUACUUUUCAAACACUUAUUGGUCGUGUCAAUGAACUAAGAUUGGUCUUCUCAUCAACCAGUGAUUAUAAUUUAGUCAAAAAAGACUCUGAAGAAUUAACUACAGGGCAAAAGAAAUUGUGUAAAAUUAUAAGACGUGACUACAGUACAACUUUAGAGGAUCUGGAAUCUGUUAUUUUUUUCAAAAUGAAUAGACUAUAA